AUGGCGCUGCGAUCCGAUAUCAAUGGUACCUCUACGCCCGUUGCUGAGUCAAAUGGAGUCGCUUCAGCAGCGAGACCCAGACCGAACGGCCACUCAACCUCCAACGAUACUACUGGAAACGACGAAAACGGCCAACGGCCCUUGAGCGCACCAGGCCGCCGAAACGGAAGCAUAGCCUUGGAAACGAGAGACGAUAUUGAGCACCACCAGCAGACGCGGCCUGCGAAGCCGUUACUACUCCGAUCGAAGAGCGACUACGCGCCACGGCCGAUGGAUGAGCCUGAGCCUAUAGAAGAAGACAUACCUGAUUGGGGUGCUAGACACGGUUUCGAAGAUCAUUAUCAAUCCGAAGAUAUUAUAUCUCAACUGGCUAACAAUUGGUACAUGUACUAUACCGAUAAACGACAUGAAACGACAGGCAAACCGAAACCACCCCAGUACGAGCUCCAAGAUUGGCGACAGAGGGACAGGUUAAAAACAGUAUCUGCAGCUCUUGCAGUAUGCUUGAACAUAGGAGUUGAACCUCCCGACCAACUGAAAACCAACCCAGGAGCGAAACUCGAGGCAUGGACGGAUCCGACCGUUCCCCCAAUUCAAAAAGCCCUCGAAAACAUUGGCAAGGCUCUACAGGCACAAUAUGAAACCCUCGCGAUAAGAGCGCGAUAUAAACAGUACCUGGAUCCUUCUGUCGAAGAGACGAAAAAAUUCUGCAUCUCACUACGUAGAAAUGCCAAAGAGGAACGUGUUCUUCUUCAUUACAACGGACAUGGUGUUCCCAAACCCACCGCAUCAGGCGAAAUAUGGGUUUUUAAUAAGAAUUAUACCCAGUAUAUCCCAGUAUCUUUGUACGACCUACAACAUUGGCUGCAAGCUCCUACUAUCUUUGUUUGGGAUUGUUCUGAAGCUGGCAAUAUCCUGAACAAUUAUCACAGAUUUGUCGAGAAGCACGAAGAGGAAGAGGAUGAAGCUGCAGAGCGGGACCCCAACUACACAAAGACGAAUUUCCGGCCCUAUAUUCACCUGGCUGCAUGUGCUGUGAAGGAGAAUCUCCCAACAAACCCUCUGCUGCCUGCCGAUCUCUUUACUGCUUGUCUCACUACUCCUAUUGAGAUGGCUCUUUGGUUUUUUGUUCUACAAAACCCUCUCAAAACAAAGGUCAGUCCAGAGCGAGCGAAAAAGCUGCCUGGCCGACUUCAAGAACGGCGAACUCCACUUGGUGAGCUUAAUUGGAUCUUCACUGCCAUCACAGAUAGCAUCGCGUGGACAACGUUGCCGCGUGAUCUAUUUCGCAAGUUCUUCCGACAGGAUCUCAUGGUGGCAGCUCUCUUCCGCAAUUUCCUGCUGGCCCAGCGUGUUAUGACUGUCUAUGGCUGCCACCCUCAGUCUUAUCCCAAGCUGCCAGAUACUCAUCAACAUCCAUUGUGGGAGACCUGGGACCUGGCUGUAGAUAUGGCGCUAUCUCAGCUCCCUGCGCUGGAGAAGAAGGAGAGCGAAGGCUAUGACUACGAGUAUCAAAACUCGAGCUUCUUCACGGAACAACUUACCGCUUUCGAUGUCUAUCUUACAAGAGGCGAUGCAAUGGCUCAAAAGUCGCCCGAUCAGUUGCCUGUCGUGCUACAGGUUCUGCUCAGCCAACAGCAUCGUGUUCGGGCUCUUAUCUUACUUGGGCGUUUCCUUGACUUGGGUCCAUGGUCUGUCCAGCUCGCUCUGAGUAUAGGUAUCUUCCCAUACGUUCUCAAACUUUUGCAGUCUGCUGCAGCUGAGCUGAAGCCCGUCAUGGUUUUUAUUUGGGCACGUCUCAUUGCUGUGGACCUUUCUUGUCAGCAGGAUCUCAUUAAAGACAGCGGUUACAGUUACUUUGCACAAAUCCUCAAGCCUUCUGAGGGGUUGCCUGUUGUUGAUAGCGAUGAGCACAAAGCUAUGUGCGCGUUCAUUCUGGCAAUGCUUUGCAAAGACUACAAGAAUGGUCAGAUGGUUUGUAAUCAGACAGACAUCAUGACUUACUGCUUGACCCAUCUUCAAAAUGAAGAGAACCCUCUCCUCCGACAAUGGGCUUGUCUUUGCAUAAGCCAGUUAUGGCAAGACCUCCCAGAGGCAAAAUGGCGAGGUAUCAGGGAGAACGCGUACGUCAAGCUAGCUUAUCUCGUGAGAGACCCUUGUUGUGAGGUGCGAGCCGCCAUGGUCCAUGCCAUGACCACAUUCCUUGGCAUCCCCGAUCUAACAGAGGAAGUGGCUCGAAUUGAGGAGUCAAUUGCAUGGACCAUACUUGAUAUGGGGAAUGACGGAAGCCCGAUGGUUCGCAAGGAGUUUGUCGUUUUCCUGUCACAUUUCGCUGUUCGCUUUGAAAGUAAGUUCUUAGUUGCAGCUUACGAACAGCUAGUUGAGGAGAAGGAGUAUCUCAUCUUCCCUCCCCAAGAUGACGGCCAGGAACACAAAAUGGGCUUGCAUUACGCAAGACCAGAAAAUCGCAACAAGGACGGCACCAUCAAACCAAUGGCCCAUGGACUUUCUCAUAACACCGUAUACAUGGCCUUAUGGAAGUUGGCUCUAGUACUCAGUGUGGAUCCUCACCCUGAGGUACAACGAGAAGCUACUAUUGUGGUAGACUAUGUUCACCACGCGCUUCUCAGCUCAAAGGUCGGAGCUCAGACGCAACUUGUCAUGGCCGAGAUUCAAAAGCGUGCGACAAGACUGGCAAAUAGGCACAUGCCCAACACAAGCCAGCGGAACAGUACUGUUGGUUCUUCAAACUCGCAGCCAUUACCUUCACCGGGACUCUUGCGCCGAACCGCCAGUUUGCUCUUUCCCUCGUUAGUCAUCAAUGAAGACAAAUCGAGACCAACAACACCGACCCUGCCUCGAUCACCAUCAAUGAAACUCGUUCCGAAUCAAGUGCCCGUGCCUCCUGAACAGAACGACCGCACCUCAGCGCAGGCGUUGUACAAUGUUGCGCAUGAGCCGUAUUCAGGUGCAUUCAAAGAGCGAGAUUUGACAAAGCCCCCCACGCUCCCACUCAAGAGCAGAUUCCUGGAAUGGUCCAUUGAGUACUUCCGUGAACCACAGAUGAAACCAAGCGAAGCAGACGAGCCGGGAAGCACCGAGUACAAUGAACGGCUUUGGCGAAGAGCUCGAAAUGAAACCAUUUUCCGAGAAACUCAGCCAUUAAAGCAACAAGCGGGAAGCCACAAGUGGAACAAUCAGCUUGGAAUUGUCAAUAAUGGGGCUCAGCCUGCAAAGAUGACUUUCCAUCAAUUUGAGGACCAUCUUGCUGUUGCAGAUGAGGGCAACACGGUUUACGUGUGGGAUUGGAAGAAGCAAGGUCGAUUAAGUCGUUUCAGCAACGGAAAUCCAGAAGGUUCCAAGAUCAGCGAUAUGAAAUUUAUCAAUGAGGAUGACCAAGCGAUGUUGCUUACAGGGUCUUCCGAUGGUGUGAUCAGAGUAUAUCGCAACUACGAAUCGGACAGAGCCAUCGAGCUUGCUUCUUCUUGGCGCGCCUUGACACACAUGGUACCCAGUAACGUCAACUCAGGAAUGGUGUUCGAUUGGCAGCAGGUCACAGGCCGGGUCCUCGUUGCUGGCGACGUUCGAGUUAUUCGUGUAUGGUAUGCGGCUUAUGAGACCUGUGUCAUGGAUAUUCCAGCGCGCUCGGGAUCCUGCGUCACUUCCCUAACUUCUGAUCAAAUGACUGGCAAUAUGUUUGUUGCCGGCUUUGGAGACGGUGCUGUUCGCGUCUUCGAUACAAGGAACAGACCUCAAGAGUCAAUGGUGCGCAAGUGGAAGGAUGAAUCGGAUCGGCAAUGGGUCAAGAGCGUUCAUAUGCAGCGCGGUGGUCAGCGGGAGCUUGUGAGCGCAAGCAGGAACGGUAAGGUCAAAAUCUGGGAUAUCCGUAUGGACAAGCCCCUGCAUUCGUUCCAAACAACACGAGACACGCUUCGGACUGCCAGCACACAUGAACACCUACCGGUCUUUGCAGUGGGCACAUCGGCUCACACCGUCAAGGUAUUCAACCUUGAUGGUCAUGAGCUCUCGAGCGUUGAGCCUUACUCGAGCUUCUUGCAACAGAAUCGCAGCUCGGCUAUCUCAGCAACCGCAUUCCACCCUCAUCGGCCAAUCCUAGGAUGUGCUGCUCGAGGUGACCACCACAUCAAUCUUUUCACAUGCGAGAAAUCCGAAUCUAUGUCCUCAAGUUAG